AAGAUCACCUAAAGCACGAGAAAUAAAUAUAGAAAUAGAUCGGCCUGUCCAUCUCUCUUCCUCCCUCUCUCUCUCUCUCUCUUGCUGCACUUAGAAGCAUAUCGGCGGAUGUGAGGGCUUUCCCCUCUCUCUAUCUCUCUCUCUCUCACUCUGCAUAAGGGUUCUGCUCUUUCUCUGAGAUGAUUGGGUUGUAAGGGAAGGCUUUUUGAUCUGUGAAUCUUAAAAAGAGUUGUGAAAUUUCAGCUGGGCUUUGUUUGCUUUUUGUUCUUGGUCUUGUGACAUAUCUGAAAUGGAGAGAGAUUUCAUGGGUUUGAAUUUAAAAGACUCCUUAGUUGUGGUGAAGGAGGAGACAACUGAUGGAGGCAAAGACUCCGCAUUUAUCAAAGAUUCAGGGAUACAGUGGCCCUUCUCCAACAAGGUCUCUGCGCUUCCUCAUUUCAUGUCCCUUAAGGCUGCUCAAGAAGACAGGACAAAAAAUAUUGGAUCUGAACGCCUUGCUGCAUCUGGAUUUGACCCCAGCCACAGACGCCCACCCAUUGAAAUCCAGAAAACCUUCAAUCAAGAUAGGCAAGGCGGCCCCUAUUUUUCAAUGGCUGCUUAUUCUGCACAGGAUGAUGUGCAUUCUGUGCAUCGUCCUCAUAAUGCGAAGCUGUUUCAGGGCUCCAAUCAAACAGUUGCAUUUUCUGUGAGCAACCCUUUUUUCAAGACUCAUUUUGCUACCACGGGUCAGAACUUGGCAGUUGGUGCCGUGAAGCAACAAUUACUCGGAGGUAUUCCUGUCGCGGGACCACAUUCAACUAUUCACUCUGUUGGCUCCAUUGCCGGGUUUAAUGAACAAAGGAACAACUUUAAGGCUGGUGGGUCUCCUGCUCAAUUGACAAUCUUUUAUGCGGGUGAGGUGAAUGUUUAUGAUGAUAUCCCUCCUGAGAAGGCUCAAGCUAUUAUGUUAUUGGCCCGCAAUGGAUCUUCCGUGACUUCCAACAUGAUGCAUUCGAAAGCUCAGGGUCAGGCGCCUACUGCAAAGAUAGCAGCUGGUGAUGGUGUUCUUGUGAACCAAUCCGUAAAUACGCCGCCUUGCUCUGCUCUCUCAAGCCCCAUUUCAGUUUCUUCUAAUCCUGGCCCUCAGUCUGGUAGUGGAUCUACUAGCAGUGAUGAAUUGAUGGCAGCUAAAUCCACUGGAGUUUCAACCCCUCCAGUUAGCAAGCUGGAACCUCCAAAUAUUGUCAGUUCUGUGGCACCUGUUGCUACCACAACCAUGAUGCCUUCAGCUGUCCCACAGGCUCGCAAAGCAUCCUUGGCCCGAUUUUUAGAGAAGCGGAGGGAAAGGGUGAUGAGCACAUCACCUUACAGCCUUGGCAAGAAAUCUCCAGAAUGUGCCAUGCCCGGAUCCAACGGCAUGAGUGCUUCUGCAGCUUCUGGUGCUGCCGCUGUUUCUGUUUCAGCUGGAAAUAAAGGUGGUCAUGACAUAUGAGGCCUAAUUAGGACAAUGUGAUUUAUGCAAAUUGAUGUUGUAACUCAAUAGAUGUAAGCAAAUGUUCUUCAUUUCUCCUGCUCUGAUCUGUUAUGCUGACUUGGUUGUCCUUAAAUCUCUGUUAUAUAUUGUCAAAGGAAUUUGCUUGCUUUCUUUCUUUCUAUUGGAAACUUUGGAUUCUUCCAAACACUUAUUUUUGUAACUAUUAAACUUAUUCUGUGCUAGUAAAUGAACGGGUAAGCUUGUAUUCAUUGUCA